CCCCGAGAUGACGGCCAAUGGCUCUGAUUUUUGGAUAAGAAAGCCUCCAUGAAUACAAAGAAUAAUACCGAAGAUUUGGAGCAGGAGAUUGCGGAUCUCGAGUCUCGUCUACACAAUGCAAAGGCGCAAUUAGCAUCUUCGCACCUUGCGCCGCGCAGCGCAAAGCCCUCAUCCUUGUCGCGUGAGCCCAAUGGGAUACCUCCUUCAAUCCCUAUCCAUCAUGCCUUGCUUCUCCUGUCAGACUCCGCCCUGCCGCUGGGCUCAUUCGCGUACUCCAGCGGUCUCGAGUCCUAUCUGGCGCACAACAAGCCUCUCCCGCGGUCAGUGACCUCAAUCGCAUCGUUCCGCCGAUUCUUGAAACUCUCCAUUGCAUCGCUAGGGAGUACUUCGCUCCCGUACGUCCUGAACGCCUACCGAUACCCAGAGACAUUGGAAACAUUGGAUAACGACCUGGACGCAUCGACACCGUGCGUGGUGGCGCAGAGAGCAAGUCUAGCCCAAGGACGAGCGCUGCUUGGUCUUUGGGAACGGGCUUUCCGAGGAUCGUAUGGUUUGUACGCGUCUUCUGGAUCUUCUAUGGCCAAUGGCGCUGGCACUGCUGUCAAUGCCGUGAAAGCCCUCGAAGACUUUUUGGAUGCGCUCAAGUCUUGCUUUGACCAUGUAGACGAACUCGGACCCAAGGGACAUUUUUCGCCACUGUGGGGUGUGGUUUGUUUUAUUAUGGGCAUGGAUCUUCACCAGACGGCCUAUGUCUUCAUGUUGAACCAUGCUAAAGCAGUUCUCAGCGCCGCGGUGCGGGCCUCGGUCAUGGGCCCCUACCAGGCUCAGGCUAUCUUGGCAAGCAAGGGACUCCAGGAAAUGAUUAUGCAGCGGAUAGAACGGGAAUGGGAUACCAACGUAGAAGAUGCAGGCCAGGUGGUUCCGCCGCUGGACCUAUGGGUUGGGAGGCAUGAGCUUCUUUAUAGCAGAAUAUUCAAUUCAUGACAUUUAUGCCGAAAACAAAGAAAACUCAACUGUGUCCUUGAUCUCAAAGUAGAAUUCAUCAUCGUCGCAAUAAACGCCAUCGAUAUCACUGCAUUCAGCCAUCCAUCUUUUACUCAUCCAAACGGCCCUAACUAAUCCUACAUUUCGCGAGAAAGUCGGAAAUGUGCGCCUGCGAUAUUCCCACCCGUGUGCCAGUCAAAGUCACCGAAGUGGGUAUCCAAAAAGCAAUAAAAAAGAAAUAUAAUCAACAAACGUGGCUUGAUGGCCAGAAUAUCCACCAUUGCUCUGGCCGAUAUGCAAAAGAAGACACUUGCCCAG